CCAGCCCCGCCGCCAUCCCCGCCCUCGGCGCGCUCCUCCCCGGCAGCGGCGUCCGCGGCUCCGCUGCAUAGCGACGGGCUCGGGUUCUGGCGGCAGCACCUGGGCCGCAGCUGGCGUCCGGCGGGGGCACGCUGCCCGCCCCCCUCCGCGAUGACCACGGCCGGCGCCCCGGGCGCCCUGCCUGCCGGAACUUCUGUGAGCAGCCUCCAUGAGGCCCUGGACCAGUGUAUGACCGCUCUGGACCUCUUCCUCACCAACCAGUUCUCAGAAGCACUCAGCUACCUCAAACCCAGAACCAAGGAGAGCAUGUAUCACUCGCUGACAUAUGCCACCAUCCUGGAGAUGCAGGCCAUGAUGACCUUUGACCCCCAGGACAUCCUGCUUGCUGGCAACAUGAUGAAGGAGGCGCAGUUGCUGUGUCAGAGGCACCGGAAGAAGUCCUCUGUAACAGAUUCCUUCAGCAAUCUGGUGCACCGCCCCACGAUGGACCAGUUCACGGAAGAGGAAAUCCAUGCCGAGGUCUGCUAUGCAGAAUGCCUGCUGCAGAGAGCAGCCCUGACCUUCCUGCAGGAUGAGAACAUGGUGAGCUUUAUCAAGGGCGGCAUCAAAGUUCGAAACAGCUACCAGACCUACAAGGAGCUGGACAGCCUCGUGCAGUCCUCACAAUAUUUCAAAGGAGAGAACCACAGUCACUUUGAAGGAGGUGUGAAGCUCGGUGUGGGAGCCUUCAAUCUGACGCUGUCCAUGCUUCCUACUAGGAUCCUGCGGCUGCUGGAGUUUGUGGGAUUUUCAGGAAACAAGGACUACGGGCUGCUGCAGCUGGAGGAGGGUGCCUCGGGACACAGCUUCCGAGCUGUGCUCUGCGUCAUGCUGCUGCUGUGCUACCACACCUUCCUCACUUUUGUGCUUGGCACCGGGAACGUCAACAUUGAGGAGGCAGAGAAGCUCUUGAAGCCCUACCUGAAGCGUUACCCUAAGGGCGCCAUCUUCCUGUUCUUUGCAGGACGGAUUGAAGCCAUUAAAGGCAACGUGGAUGCAGCCAUCCGGCGGUUCGAGGAGUGCUGUGAGGCCCAGCAGCACUGGAAGCAGUUCCACCAUAUGUGCUACUGGGAGCUGAUGUGGUGCUUCACCUACAAGGGCCAGUGGAAGAUGGCCUACUUCUACGCCGACCUGCUCAGCAAGGAGAACUCCUGGUCCAAGGCCACCUACAUCUACAUGAAGGCCGCCUACCUCAGCAUGUUUGGGAAGGAGGACUACAAGCCGUUUGGGGAUGACGAGGUGGAGUUGUUUAGAGCUGUGCCAGGCCUGAAACUCAAGAUUGCUGGGAAAUCUCUACCUACAGAGAAGUUUGCCAUCCGGAAGUCCAGACGCUACCUCUCCCCCAAACCUAUCUCAUUGCCAAUCCCUGCUCUGGAAAUGAUGUACAUUUGGAAUGGCUACGCUGUGAUUGGGAAGCAGCCAGAGCUCACAGACGGGAUACUUGAGAUUAUCAACAAGGCUGAAGAGAUGCUGGAAAAGGGCCCAGAGAAUGAGUACUCAGUGGAUGAUGAGUGCUUGGUGAAGUUGCUGAAAGGCCUAUGUCUGAAAUACCUGGGCCGUGUCCGGGAGGCUGAGGAGAAUUUCAGGAGCAUCUCUGCUAAUGAAAAGAAGAUUAAAUAUGACCACUACUUGAUCCCUAAUGCACUGCUGGAGCUGGCCCUGCUGUUUAUGGAGCAAGGCAGAAACGAAGAGGCUGUCAAACUCUUGGAAACUGCCAAGCAAAACUACAAGAAUUACUCCAUGGAGUCAAGGACACAUUUUCGAAUCCAGGCAGCCACUCUCCAAGCCAAGUCUUCUCUAGAGAAUGGCAACAGACCCGUGGUCUCAUCGGUGCCCUUGUAGUUUUGUGCAGCACUUGUGAGCUGGAAGACAGAGACAGCUGGACAGAGUUCUUGGAAAUAUUUCAAAAUGCUCCCCUCUCCCCGCCCCGCCCCGCCCUGCCUUUGGGGUCCAUCGGUGCUCCAGUGGAGUGGCACCACAUGGGUAUCCGUGCAGACGUGAAGCCGGUAUUUCCACAAGUGUGGCCAAGGGCCUUUGCCAAGGACAGAGCAGGUAGAGCCCUCUGCCUGCUCUGUCACACAUACGGGUACUUGUUUUUCACUGUGAUGUUUAAGAGAAUGUAUUUACAGUUUACAUUUUGCUUAGAAAUACAACGAUGGGAUCAUAGCUGGCUUUAAAAAAACCCACCAACUGACCACCUGUAAAUCUUUGCUUAAACCCACAUUGAUUGGGAGAUGUAUCUAUGAUGCCAAAGGCCAAACUACUUUUCAAACUUCAGCAAGUUCUCAGCUUCCAGGGCUGGAAGGACCAGCAGGGGCGUCUGUACCUCAGGCAUCGAGGCUUCUGGGGGUUGUGCAUAGAGGUUGCACAGAGAUACCUACUACCUUACUUCCUACACUUCAUUUUAACUCCCUUUGUAUCUUUCCAAUUUAAAAAAAUCAAACAUGUCUUUUUAGUGAGAUAAUUUUGAUUUGAGUCCAUCUGUAGAAAAAUAUUAAUCUCUACCAGUAAGGAAUGGGGAUGCUGCAGCCUGACGUAAGGGAGGUGUGCGGCCCUUUCUGUGCCAAAAAGUUUGGGGGUGGGGGAGGUUCUCAGACACCAGUCUGCAUUCUCACUGUAUACCGGACUGAAACCACUGGGAAUAAUUUAUGAAAUCUUCUGUGCUUCCCUCUGAGGUAUAUUUACCGACAGCAUUUUUCUUAGAAUGGUUAUUCUUG